AUGAUACUUCUAUAUUCUAUUCACUUAUUUUAUUAUUCAUUGAUCGGUUUAGCAUUUUAUCAUUUUAUUGGUCCAUGGUAUAUUGGAUAUAUAACAGAUGGUUAUUUUCGUGCUAUUUUUCUUUGGGGUAUAAUUAUGAGAGGAAUGUAUCUUCCACCUGAUAUACAAUCAUAUGUGGAAACUAUUCAAUUCAUUUUAUUUUUAUUUCCAUUAACAUUGUGUUUAUGUUCAUCAUGUUAUUAUCGUUAUAUACAACUUCGAUCGAGGAUAAGUAUUGCUGAAUCGCAUUAUCAUCAUGCUAUUCGAAUAUUCACUGUUUAUGUUCUAUUUGGUAAUGCAAUUCUCUUUGUUAUAUAUUGGUCAUUUGUAAACACAGCAUCCUAUAAAUUAGCAUUUAUAAUAUCACCAUUUGGUUUAACAUUAGCGGUAUUUUCCUUAUUUCUCUAUAGAAAAUCACAAAGAUUAAAAAUAGAAUAUUUUAAACUUCAAUCAAUAGCAAAUGAUUAUAAUAACUCAACAUAUGAAAAUACUAUUGGAUUUGAUAAUGAACAAUGUAUUGUAACAAGUAGAAGAGCUGGAAUCAAAGAUCAUUGA